CAUACCUAACAUGACCAUCGAUGUGAAAAUAGUGGCGAAUUCAUACAUUUCAUCAUGAUCAUGUUUUGUUUUGAUUUGAUUUGAUUUGAGUUUUUUUUUUUUUAUUGCAAAAAUGGAUUCCAAAACAAUUGUACCUUAUAAAGAUGAUGAUGAUGAUGACAAAUCGGUUGAACAAAUCAAUGAUUUUAAACUUCAAAUCAUAUCUAAUUCAUCGGAUAUAGAUCAUCAGACAAAAGUGAAAAAACGAAAAGUUUUAGAUGAAGAUGAAUUUAGCCGAAAAAUUGGUUCAAUUAUUGAACGAGAUUUUUUUCCCGAUUUAACAAAAACGCGACUAGAAUUGGAACUACAAGAUGCAAUCAAAAAUAAUGAUUUUGAAAAGAUUUCACGAUUAGUGAGAAAAAAAAUUGAACAAAACAAUGGUAAACAAAAAAAUGCUAAUAUGACUGAUACGCCAGCCAAUUUUUGUACGCCUGCAUCCACAUUGAAUGAUGAUGAGAUUCGUUUUCAAAAAAUCGAUCCUAGAGAUCAAGAAGAUGAUGAAGAAACGUCCGACCAGAUGAACAACGAAACAAAUCUAAGUUUGAAUAAAUUUCUCAAUAAAUUUACAUCAGAAGAUAGUGAUUCAUUUCAAAAAUUACAAGAUAAAGCGAUUAAAAAACAUUUGGAAAGAUUGGAAUUUCUAAAUAGUGAUUCACAGCUAAAUAAUGAAAUUGUCGAACAAUCACUGGAAUUACCAUCAAUUGAUACACAACAGAUGAUUAUGAAUGCAAAUCAAUCGACAAAAGAAUCACAAUCAGUUGCAAACAGAUUAGUCACAUGGAAACAUUCGAAUACAAAUACUGUCAUGUUCGAUCCGGAAGGUGUCAAAUUAACAAAAGAUGAAAUUGAACAUUUCAAAUCACGACAAAUUAUCGUUCAUGAAAAUACACGUUUCAAAACAAAUCCAUUUCAAACGAAUGUUAAUUCACAACCAGUUAAUAAUACAAAUCCAUUGCAAUCGGGAAAAAUUGGUGUAGAUGGAAAAGAAGUUAAUGGGAACAAAACUCCAAGUGUAAAUGGUUUUUCAUUCGUUCCCAGUACACCUUGUUUACGACCAGAAAGUCUAGCCAAUUCUCCAUUGAUGACUUGGGGAGCUAUCGAAGCCACACCAAUCAAUUUAAAAGGUGAUACAACCCCAUUAUUACAUUCUGGUGGUGGAUCACAUUUUAAAAUUCCUGAAAUAUCUGAAAAAGAAUCUAUCGGAAAAGAAUUAGCCAAUCGAAUAUUAUUGAAAAAGAAAGCAGCAGCUCAAGAAAAUCGUAUGAAUAGUCCAUUCGUGAAAGGUACAUCGAACUUAGAACGAUUAAAUUCAAUGUCACCAGCUGCACGAUUAUUAGCAACAAAAAAAUUGGGUGUCCAUAAAAAUGUUGACAAUCGAUUACAGGCCAGUUAUUCACCAUUAAUGACGGCCGCAACAACACCAACACCAAGACGUUUAGUGACGCCAUCACCAUUGACAUUAUCAUCAUCUGUCACACCAAAAUCAGAUUCAAUAACGAAGGCUAAUAGUAACAACGAUAGUGAUCAGAAAAUGAAUAAAAGACCUAAAGCAUCACAUUUUUUUUGAUCAUUUAUAUAUUCAAUGUGUAAAUUCAAAUGGAAAAAAAUGAACUUUUUUUU